AUGUCAAAUAACCGUGAAAAGAAGUACAAUGUUGUUUUUGUUUUGGGAGCACCAGGAAGUGGUAAAGGUACACAGUGCCAUCUUAUUGAACAGAAUUAUGGCUUCGUACAUCUUAGUGCCGGUGAACUUCUUCGUCAAGAACAACAGCGUAGCGAACCAGGAUUUGGUGAAAUUAUAAAAAAACACAUAAAUAACGGAACAAUUGUACCCGAUGAAAUCACUUGUUCACUUAUCGAACGAGCAAUGGAUGAAUGUCAAUGCCCGAAAGGUUUCAUUAUUGACGGUUAUCCUCGGAAUCAAGAUAAUUUCGAUGGUUGGCAACGUAAAUUGGCCGAUAAAACAAAGACUUGUUUCGUGCUUUACUUAUAUUGCAAUGAAGAAGAAUGUUUAAGAAGAUGCUUAAAGCGUGAUGAAGGACGUAGUGAUGACAAUGAAAUCUCGUUGCGGAAUCGCAUAAAAACCUAUCAUACUUAUUCAUUGCCAAUUAUCGAAUAUUACAGAUCACAAGGAAUUUUGCGAGAAAUAUUCGCAAUGGAUUCAGUAGAAAAUGUUAGUUGCCUAAAUCCAACAGCGAAAAAGUCGAAAACGGUAUUUGAAAAUGUACGGAAGGUAUUCGAUAAUGAACGUUUUACAUGA